UGAUUCAGAUUGAGUUUCAGACAAUUUGAAUAGGUCUACUUAAACAAAUUGUAAAAAGAAUGCACAACCAGUCUGAUAAUUUAUGUAGUUGUUAUCUUUUGACCUCAAGGCCAGCUGUUCGAUGUUGCAGCCUAUCCUCUUAUCGGCCUCAUUUUAUUUCUUUAUUUUUUAAUAUACUCGCAACGUAACCGACAGUGUUCCCUCCAACACCCAACUCUCCCCAGCAUCAGAUGCCAUACAGAUUGUUCCAUUACACGGGAUUACCCACUUCACUGGUAUACGAUUAUUGAUUUCAUUCUUCCUAGUCCCUCAUAUACAGCACACCCCCCAUCCCCUCUCUCUUUCUCCCUCGCUCUUUCUCUCUCAGGGUCCUCUCCUCUUUCUUUGAGUACUGCAGAGGCACGGUUGCAUCGUGGAGGAGAGGAGAGCGGGAGAAAAGAGAAAGAACCCUAACUACCUACAUUCCUGUGUCGCGAGGGAAACUUGGGAAUAUCGACUGGAAAUAGCACACAGCUGGCUCCCUGCGAUGCUGUAAUGAACUGCCCAUUUUCUGUAGUCGGUUCAUCAGUAUGAAGUUGAAGUCCGUCACCUUUAUAGACUCUACGUUUCAGAACUGUUACUUUGACGACGUGUCAACAGUGGGCUCAUUAUUCAAGAACUGCACCUUCAUAGAAGCCUUCUUUUAUAACACAGAUAUUGACGAUUCUAAGCUUGUGGGGUCGAGGGUGAUCAACAGUUCGUUCCACCACAACAAGACCGGCUGUCAGAUGACCUUUGAUGAUGACUACAGCGCCUACUGGGUCUACUUUGUCAACUUCCUGGGGACGCUCGCCGUGUUGCCCGGCAACAUAGUCUCCGCCCUUCUCAUGGACAAGAUAGGGCGCCUGAGCAUGCUGGGGGGGCUCCAUGGUGCUGUCAGGCAUCAGUUGUUUCUUCCUGUGGUUUGGGACAAGUGAGUCUAUGAUGAUCUUCAUGCUGUGUCUCUAUAACGGCCUCAGUAUAUCAGCCUGGAACUCCCUGGACGUUGUUACUGCUGAGUUCUACCCGACUGACAGGAGGGGUACAGGUUUUGGGUUCUGUAAUGCCAUGUGUAAGCUGGCAGCGGUGUUGGGGAACCUGAUCUUCGGCUCUCUGGUUGGCAUCACAAAGACCAUCCCCAUCCUGCUGGCGUCGGCUGUACUGGUGGGAGGAGGCCUGGUGGGACUACGACUGCCUGACACUCGCGGCAACGUCUUGAUGUAGAACUCCACUACCCAGCAGUCUUCACUCAUGUACCCAUUAGGCUUUAGUUGAACACUGUCAUAAGGACUACAUAUGUAACAUUGUUUUAAGAUAGUGGUAUGUAGGCCUUAUGAUAGCGUGUUCAAGUAAAGGGCUACAUGAUGAAGUGCAAGUGCUAAAGUGCAAUUAGUCCAACAUUUUGUUAAGUUGCAUUCGGAAUAAAAGAGCCCUUGGCCAUAUUUCUUUUAACCUUAGGUACUCUGUAGCUGCGACCAGAGAGGUGGAGCUGGAAUUCGGGGUGGAGUGCGUGGGAAGAGUUUUUAUUCACCUUCUGGAGGGCUCUGCCCAGGUAGAGAGAUGAUUUUAUUCACCUUCUGGAGGGCUCUGCCCAGGUAGAGAGAUUAUUUUAUUCACCUUCUGGAGGGCUCUGCCCAGGUAGAGAGAUGAUUUUAUUCACCUUCUGGAGGGCUCUGCCCAGGUAGAGAGAUUAUUGCUGUUUCUGCCCCAAGACCGGACUAUCUUGCCUAACCUAUUUUUCAACCUUGAUAUUCCCAAACAGCUGUUUGUUUUAGGUUAUUUGUUGUUGAAUAUCCAGGCGUUUCGUUUGGGGAGUUGAUCAAAAUUCAGCUCUGUUUAAGCAGAAAGCAGGAGGGUUUUAACUUGAUGAGAUAUGAAAAAGCCAUUCUAAACCUAGCCUAAGUUUAAUCAAAGGUACCUAUUGCUGCUGUCCUCGAGUGCUACGGGUCUGACAUGAAUACAAGUUAGGUGAUAAGAUACGUUCUUUAGUCAGCCUGGGUACCAUAGUUACUAUAUGUUACAACAUAACCAUACUCUAAGGGCAGACUCCUAACUAGAGAAGCCUCGAUUUAGGUUUCAGGCUGAGCACACAACUCUGUUGGCAUGUUAAGGGAUAUUUAACCUAUUUCACUGAAAGCUAAAUGUAUAGUUUGGGGUGAACUAUGCCUUUAACAUAUUCAUAUCAUAAUGGCAUCAUUGCAGUACGUGCUUUUGCAUUUGACCAGGUAUGGAUCAUUUGUGUAAAUGUACGUGUGUGUGUGUGUGAGUGUGUGUGUGUGUGUGUGUGUGUGUGUGUGUGUGUGUGUGUGUGUGUGUGUGUGUGUGUGUAAUAUAUUGUAUAUAUUCAAACGUUGUUCAUUUCCCAACCAUGGGUUGGGGGCGAUGUUAAUGAGUUGACUUGACUCACUGAAGUGUCUGACUGGUUUCAAAUCAAAUCAAACUUUAUUUGUCACAUGCGGCGAAUACAACAGGUGUAGACCUUACCGUGAAAUGCUUACUUACAAGCCCUUAACCAACAGUGCAGCUCAAGAAGAGUUAAUGGUGUGUUAAUGAGUUUGUCUUUCAGCUUGUCCAACUGCAUCACUUUCCGCCAUCCAUCCCUCAUCACGUCACUCUCUGUAUGAAACAAACUCUUAACUACACUUCUGUUAAAAUAGGAAACUUUGCAUGUGUGUUACUAAAGUCUUUCUGUUGUGUGUUCUGUUUUUGUGUCUCUGCUACAGGGAUGUAGUUGUAGAAAAACAUGAAGGUGGCUAAACACUGUAGCUGGUUGAGAUAACAGAGAGAGUAACAUAAACACUACAGGUAACAAUGCUAAUUUGGGGUAACAGCCAGGUGUGUUAUCAACACUAUUCACAAAAUAAACCAGUGGUGUAGUCUGUGUUUAGGUGUGUUUCCACUCCACUACAUCCCUGCUGCUGUUCUGUGGACGAGCAGCCAUGUUAAUCUUGGUCAAAGAUGACUGUAUCAUUCUGGUGAGUUCCUUGUUCUGUGGGCAGGUGUCCGUCCGUUCUUCUGGGUAAUUUUGACGGGGCAUGCAGUGGUGAAAUGACUGUACUGUACGGAGCUACAGACAUGCUAUAGACCAGGACUAUUCAACUCCAGCCCCUCCAGGUCCCUCCACAGUACUGCUGGAUUCCUCUUUUCCCCUUCUGUCCCUCUUCUCACUGAUCAAUAUAUCAAAGUAUAGUGCUUUUUACAAAAACAUUUGUCACAAAGUGCUUAACCGUAACCUGAUCUAGACACAGAAAUAACAAGCAUGUUAUUAAUUGGCCAGAUAAUCCACUGACCAGGUCUGAAUCAGUCCCUGAUUAGAGGGGAAGGAUGAAAACCAGCAGUUCUGUAGUUAGUAGAUCUUGAGGCCCAGGUUUGAAUAGCCCUGAUAUAGACAAUACAUGGAGGUGUGUUAAACCAUUUGUCAAAUACCUGUCCUUGAUCUGAUUUACUUUGACUAGGGAAGGUUACCAGGUGCAAUGUAAAGUAUAUAGAGGUAGGUUCCACUGGGAUCUACACGUACUGUAUUCAAUAAAGAGUUACAUUCUCUAACAA